AGCAGCAGAUUGACUGUCAUCUCACCGCUCCGCUGCCUUGAACGCAACUUUACCCUGUCACUGGAUUUAACGUCACUUUUGGAGUUCAAAAACUUACUUCCCCGCUGGGGAACAUCGCUGGAACAUCUUCCUUGGAUAAAAUGAACGUUUAGAAGGAGUUCCUGUCGUUAAAUAUUUAAUGUUUGAUGGCUACUGGGGAUGGAGCCCAGCUGCCGGCGACCGUAGCGGCCAGCAGGAGCGUUGAGAAAGCGCUCGAGGAGGCUGCGUCCAGCGGCGCGCUCAUCCUCUCCAACCGUAAACUAAAGGAGUUCCCCAGCACCUCUAGGAACUAUGACCUGUCCGACAUUACACAUGCAGACCUGUCAAAGAACCGGCUCUGUGAGGUGCCAGAGGAGGUGUGUCAGUUUGUCUCCCUGGAGACGCUUAGCCUGUACCACAACUGUGUGCGAUCCCUCACGCCCAGCCUGUGCCAGCUACAAGCCCUCACCUACCUCAACCUCGGUCGAAACCAUCUGUCCAAUCUACAGCCAUCAGUGUGUCAGCUCCCUCUACUGCGAGUGCUCAUCGUCAGCAACAACAAGUUAUCAGCCCUACCGGCCACUAUACAUAAACUCACACACCUACGGCAACUGGAUGUGAGCUGUAACGAGCUGCAGUCACUUCCUGUUGAGCUGGGACAGUUAGAAUGUUUAAGGGAUUUAAAUUUGAAAAGAAACCAACUUACAACUUUACCCGAAGAGUUGUCAGAGUUGCCACUUGUUCGGUUGGAUGUGUCAUGCAACCGCAUAUCUCAUGUGCCUGUGUGUUACCGCCAUUUGCGGCACCUCCAAACCAUCAUCCUCGACAACAACCCCCUCCAAAUGCCCCCCGCCCAGAUCUGCUCCAAAGGAAAGUUCCACAUCUUUAAAUAUCUGAACAUGGAGGCCUGCAAGAGAACUCAGGACCAGUUUGAGAAAGCGCUGCGGCCCACUGCCUUCAACAGCUGUCUCUUGGAUCAGGACCUGUUUCCUGGUCAGUAUGGUGCCCUUGACUCUGGGUUUAACAGUGUGGACAGCGGCAGCAAAAGAUGGUCAGGCAAUGAGUCUGCUGACGAUUUCUCAGAGCGGUCAUUACGACUGACCGAGAUUUCACGUGAACAUUCAAAUUUUCAGGAGGAAGAGGAGAGAGAAACGUUACUAGACACACCCAAAGUGAAUGGAGAACUAGAGCAAGUGGAUUUCAUAGAUAACAGUGUAACAGAUGAAGAAGAGGAGAGAUGUCACCCUCUGCUUACAGAGUCAUCUCAGGAAAAGAGUGAAAGUACCAGCAGCACACCCUCCCAGAGCCCCGAAUCUAUAUGCAGCAGGAUAUUUGUGAUUGGAGAUUGUUCAGAUACUGGCUCUCCAUCCAGCCCCACUCUAGAGGAGAGGAGGAAGCCUGGAAACCUGCUCAUUUGGCAGGAGAGAGAGAGAGCGCAGCGGCUGAAAGACAGAGCUAGCACUUUGCAGAAGAUCACUGUAAAAACAGGAAGUAACUCGGCAACGACGGCCAAGCUCGGAGGAACAGGAAGUGUUUCAGGUGGUGACAGCUCAGAUAGCAGCUCUCCACCCAAUGGCUUAAAACAGAGAUGUUCUAGUCUAGAUCAAGUAUCUUCGUCUUCUCAUCCUGUGUCAGUGCAGCGCUCUAUUAGUCGCCCAGAUGCGACUGUGAAGUCCUGCUCUCCCACAGGUUCUGCUCCCAAACCCAACAGCUUCUUAUUCCGUGCGACCUCACGCUGCAACGUCAAGUCAGGGUCAGGAAACAGUUUAGCUGAGUCUGGCCGCAGCGAAUCUCGCUCCACUCUCAAAUCCCCACGCGAGGAGAGAGUGGAGGUCUUACAACUGCAAAAGUCUCUGGAGUCGCGUCUGAAGAUCACUCUGCCUGAAGAUCUGGGAGAGGCAUUGUCCAAUGGCACAGUCCUCUGCCAGCUGGCCAAUCACGUGCGACCUCGUUCUGUGUCAAUCAUUCACAUCCCCUCACCUGCAGUGCCAAACCUGAGUGCUGCCAAGUGUCGCCUCAAUGUUGAAAACUUCAUUGCUGCAUGUCGUAGACUAGGAGUCCCUGAGAUGGAGUUGUGUUUAGCGUCUGAUAUCCUGUGCAGUAAGCUACCUGCAGUGCAGCGCUGUGUGAAGGCACUCCUGGCGAAAGCAGGAGGAGAGGACGAGGUGAUAGAAGAUGAGAACAGCACCUCUCCCUCUGUCUCUCCUGCUAUCACCUCCACCGGCUUCAUGCUCUUCUACUCCCUUCUUAUGGCUUUGCUCUAUCUGUUAUACUGUCACCUUAUAGCAUAAAUGCGUAUGUGCGUGUGUGAGAGUUUAGUCUUUAUAUCUUCUCUCUACUGUUUACAGUCUCACACACACAGUUGAAAAAACCUUCCCAUACACCUUAAGGGAGUAUCCCCCUGAAAAAUUAAUAAUCAUCCACUGUUUUUUCAAACCCAUAUGACUUCCUUUCUUCAGUGGAACACAAAAGGAGAUGUUAGACAGAAUGUUAGCCUCAGCCCCCUUCACUUUCAUUAUAUGGAUAAAGAGCAGCAUGUUCCAUGAACUAACCCAAAAUAAUCUUCACAUGCACUUCAUACAGUCAGAGCAAAGUCACAGCCUGCACAUAGCUCUUGAAUAUUAGCCAAAAGUGGCAUAUCAGAGCAAACUCCUGACCAAUAAUUAAUUUGAGAUUAUCCAAAAACACUUACGUGCCCCACAGAUCUUAGUUUGGGAGAUAUGAUGGUAGUUGUUGGUUUUAGGAGCCUGAUGUUUCUAAAAUUGGUGAAAUAUCACUGAAACACUGUUACAUAGAAUAUCUGAUGCUGUUAAGGUUUCUUGAUGGAAUACUUCCCUCCAUAGAAUAGCUUAUAAAUAGUCUGAUGGUGACCACAGACUUGAUUUUCUACAAAAGAUGUGAAAUUUGUAUAGAUGUAGAUAUGGUUACCACUUUAUGAAGGGCUUCCAAACUGCCUUAGCAUCACUGUUGAUUCCAGGAUAGUUUAUAUGUCUUUUUAAGUCUUCGUUUUUAUCUUCAGAAUUUUAACCCCCUCCCCACCCCAUUUUUCUCCCUUGAGAAUGUCUUUUUUCUUAAAGGGCUUUAAAUCGCUUGUAUUUGCUCUGAAAGGUGAUAAUCUGAAGUGCCUCCACAGGAGAAAGUUCAUAUAAGGUCACAGGUUCACACCAGUCUCUAGGUAGCAUUUCCAUUCGUUAUCACAGCAGCACACAAUUGAGCUUGUAGCAUCUGGGAAUAUGUUGACAGUGUGGUGAUGGUACUUAUGAAAUUAAUUUGGUUUAAUCCACAUGUUUUCCAUAUCUAACGGAUGGAAGUCAUUGUUCUUCGUUGUUUUUCCACUUUAUCUUUUAUUUCUUGUCUUGCCUGUGACCACCAGAGGGCAGUGCUGUUAUAAAAACUAACUGCUCCAACACUUUUUAAUGGUACUUAUAUGAUUCAAAGCUGUGUUUUGAACUGUGUUACAGUUUUUUGUUUGUUUUGGUCUUCUUGAGAGCAACUUAAUUUAUGUAUGUAAACAGUUCAAGAUUAAUUUAUUGUUUUAUUUAUGUUUGCUGUUCUAUGAUAAGCUCAAGCUGUAUUAGUGGAAACGUGGUGCCACUGAGCGCAUUCCUAAUAUGGACUACUUGCAUUUAUUCAGUUAUUGAUGUUUCAAUUGGCCAGAUUAAUUGGGUAAUACAAUUGCAUGCAUGGUCAUUUUGAGCUGGAAACAAUUAGCAACACUUUGAUUGGGCACUAACAAAAACGAGGACAGUUGUGUUGUCUUUUAAAUCCACACAGUUCUACUAUUAGUGUGAGCGCAAUGUGAAUAAGCAGACACUGCCAAAUUACAAAUUACGCAAUUUCUUUAACUAAUCAUGAGACUGUUGUGAGUCAUGGUUUUCUACAACCCUCUUCUGCUGCCGUGUCCAGAUUCUAAAUGUGGCCAUAGUGGUUUUAUGGUCCUGAAAUGUGCCAUGGCACCCAGCUUUCCCAGUGCUGUAUGUUGAUGUUGCUUUUGUAUUCCGUGCCUACUUAAUGUGAUUUAGGAGCUUUGCAGACGGUUUACUAACGAGCCGCCUCUCAUAUGGAGAGAACGAUAAGAGGUGUGUGAGAGAGAGAGAGAGAGAGAGAGAGAGAGAGAGAGAGAGAGAGAGAGAGAGAGAGAGAGACUGGGAAAUGAGGGUAGGUGAGCGGAUGUGCCAUGACUGGUUAUGUUACAGACACACAAUCCAUCACCCUAGGAUGUCUUAAACAUUUUAAUGGGAUAGUUCACCUAAAAAUGAAAAUUCUGGCUUCGUUUGCUGUCCCUCAUGUUGUUCCAAACCAACAAUAUAUUACGUUCUUCUAUUGAACAAAAGGAGAUGUUAGGCAGAAUGCCACUUUCAUUGCAUCUUUUUCUAUACAGUGAAAGUGAAUGGUGACUGAGACUGUCAUUCUGCAACUCCUUUUGUGUUCCGCAUAUGGGUUUGGAACAACACGAAGGUGAGAAAAUUAUGACAGGACGUUCAUUUGAGUGUGAAUUAUCCCUCUAAGGGAGUUUGUUCAGGUGCUUGUAAGUUGGUAUGGUACAAUGUACGCUGUCAGUACUAAAGCUAAUCAUAAUAGACAUUUCAUUUUAAAUCUCCAUUCUGAUAAUGGACAUAAUAGAUCAUAGCUUAGCGGGACUCUGUCCAACUUCAAGACCCCUCUGCAAUAUGAAAUAAGAUGUUGGCUUUCACAGGUGGCAACUAAUAAUUCUACCAAUUUUCUGAUACAUAUUCUAAAUUAAACUCUUGACAGUUUAGUGAGCACUAGAACUAUAUGAAUGUUUCCUUCCACAUGUUACCUAAUGUAAUCUAAUGCAAUGUAUUUUGUAAUAUUUAUAAAAUACUGUGUAUUUAAGAAGUUAAUAAGUUUAUAUUGAAAUGAAGAUUUUUUUUUUGUCUGUAAAGAAAUUAUAUAUAUAAAAAGGAUACACUGA